AUGGCGAUGAUGAUAUUAUCAUGUUCAACUAAACAGCAAAGCAAAUCAUAUCUUGGAUUUUUACAAAAAACAAUUAUCAAUUUGGCAUCUUUAUCAUCUUCUAACUGGAAAGCUCCCGAUGAUCUAUGGUCUAAUCAAUAUUUAACAGAGGCGAAAAAGUUAGACAAAAGUAAUUACGAAGAUUUAGAAAAUAAGGUUAAGUCUGAACGUACUAAUUUAAAAUCUUAUUGGGAAGGAAUUCUCAGGGAAAGAAGUACAGAUCUUGCAAAACUUGUAAAUAAAUGGCAUUAUGAUUACACAGAUGAUAAUACAAUGAUAGAUGAAUCCCAAUUAGAUGAUUAUAAUCCAGAUGAGGAAUGA